AUGGCAAAACAUUUAAAGAAAGAGGAUUUAGAAAAAUUAACAUCACAUAUUAACUAUUCUUAUUUUGAACGUGGAGAUACGGGAUGUGAAGGUCUUCAUUUUUAUUCAACUGUAAAGAAUGAAUUAGAAGAAACUUAUCAGAAUUAUGAUUUUCUAAAUAUUUCUGAUAAAAUUGUAAGAGCUCUUUGCUAUAUUUAUAAUAAAAAAAAGAAUAAACCGGAUAAAUUUGAUUCUGAACUUUGUCCGUAUUUAUAUUAUUGGAUAGGAUCUAAAAUAUACCCUAUAGUAAAGGUUAAAAAAGUAUUUUUAAGAAUUAUUUCUAUGAUUUAUGAUGAAUUCUAUAGUUCUGAUU